CUCCCAUGGCCAGCGCGACAGUGAGCCACUCGCAGCUCGACUGUAACCCAAGGCAAAGACGUCCUGUGCUCUUCCACUUGAGAUCCUCUGUCUCGUUCAUCACAUUUGUGGCGUCUUACGCGGUCUUUACCGAUAGCUUUUUGUAUGGACUGAUUGUACCUGUGGUUCCUACUGCGCUCCAUGAUCGACUCGGGGUAUCCAGAAAUGAUGAGCAAAGAUGGACCUCAAUCCUGAUCGCGCUCUACGGCGCUGCUCAAUUUUCUUCUGCACCCCUCAGCGGCUACAUCUCGGACCGCAUCCGAUCACGGUGGUGGCCCAUGGUGGCCGGCGUGAUGACGCUGGGCGCGGGGACUGCUCUGUUCUGCGCGGGGAACCGCAUUGGCUUUUGGAUCGCCGGUCGCCUCCUCCAGGGGGCCGCCGCUGCCAUCGUCUGGACCGUCUCGUGCGCAUUGCUGGUGGACACGGUCCCGGAGGAGCAGCUGGGCCACGCCAUGGGGUAUAUGAGCACGGGCAUGACCAUUGGGAACCUCGUGGGCCCGCUCAUCGGCGGUGCGGUCUAUGAACACGCCGGGUAUUACGCUGUCUUCAUCGUGGCGUUUAUCCUGAUCGGAAUCGACCUGGCACUUCGGCUGUUGAUCAUUGAGAGGACGCAUGCCCCCGAGCUCACUUGCGGUUUGGACCAGGGGCCUUCCCCGCUGGAACCGGCCGCUCGCCAGGAGAAUGACCUCGAACCUGCUGCACCGCCAGCGUUACAAUCGCCCACCGGUCUUCAGGGCGUCUGGAGACUGCUCUCCUCGCCGCGGAUCCUGGUCGUCCUCUGGGCGUGUGUCGUGAUCUCGAUCGUCAUCGCCGCGUUCGACAGUGCCUUGCCGCUGUUCGUCCAGGACGCGUACGGAUGGGCGCAGACCGCGCAGGGGCUGAUCUUCAUCCCGUUCCUCGUGCCCAGCCUUCUGGGCCCGCUGGUCGGGUGGAUCAACGACCGAUGCCCCAAGUAUCGGCGGCUUCUGGCCGGCGGAGCGUUGCUGCUGAGUGUGCCCCCGGCCGUCCUUCUCCGUCUGGUGUCCGACAACGACCUGGCGCACAAGAUCCUCCUCUGCGCCCUGCUCUUCCUUCUGGGAGUGUGCGUGAGUCUCUUGUUCCCCUUGGUCUUGGCCGAGAAUUCGUAUGCCGCGGCCGAGACGGAGCAAGAGGCCCCGUCGUCGACCUUUGGCACUCAAGGGGCAAUGGGGCUGGCGUACGGCUUGGCCAACUCCGCCUACGCUGCUGGCUCCGUUGCCGGCCCUUUGCUGGCGGGCUACAUUCGCCAAAGUGCGGGUUGGCCCACGAUGACCGGGGUGUUGGGCUUGCUGACGGGGGUUUCGGCCUUCCCUGUACUGUUCUGGUUCGGCGGCGUGGUGUCAUACAGGAAGGCUUUUUGA